GCUCAGUUGUCAAAUGUCAAUUACACCAACUUGUAGUUUGCGCGGGAGCAGCUUAUAAAUAUUAUGAUCAGUGAAUUAUUAAAAUAAGUCGUUAUUCGUUACCAAAAUGCAACAACUACGCCUUGAUAUCAACAAUGCAUUCAAAAUCAGUGGAUUUAUGUUACGCAAAGAAGCAAACAUGUAUGUGGCCGAGCAAUUAACUUUUUUACCACCAGAUGAUCGACAAGAAAUGUUGGACCAAGUGAUUGCUUACUUACUAAAACAGAGGAUAUCGCACCCAGUCAUAGAGAAAGAACUAAUAGAAUUAGCAUAUAAGGAGUGUUCUACGUCUGGAUUGGAGCAAACAGAAACUGUAUUAAAUGUUAUCGACGCGUUUAGUGUUCCCAAACUGUGUUACGAUAACGAUAAAAAACGAUAUUACAUCGACACGGUCACGAACAAGAGUUUGUUUCCAGAUCAAAAAUGGAAGGCAAAAUUUUUGUUAGACAGAUACACAAUGGUCUGGCAAAGAACUGUUAGGAACAAGUUGUUUGCUAAAACAGCAUUGCCAUCUUGUGACAGUGAUCAGUGUUUUAAUUUGCAGAAAAUAGAAGUGCUUUUAAGUUCAUCAAGUAGGCUUAAUGAAGUUGUUGUUUUGGGAUUAUUAAGUCAGUUGGUUGAAGGAAAAUAUUUCUUGGAAGACCCUACAGGAAGCAUAGAGAUUGACUUGACUCGAACAAAAUAUCAUUCAGGUUUAUUCACGGAAUUUAGUUACGUUCUAGCUGAAGGAUAUUAUGAAGACAAAAUAUUUCAUGUUAAAGGCCUAGUCUUCCCUCCAGAGAGUAGAGCGACAUCCCUUACUUACUUCGGCAAUAUGAACACAUUUGGUGGAAGUUCUAAAACUUUACUUAAAAAUUCUAAAGCGCUAUUGCAGGUGGAACAAGAACACAAAGAUGAUAUGAUAAUAUUUCUUGCAGAUGUCUGGCUUGAUAAAGAAAAGAUUUUGAAUAAAUUAAAAACAUUAUUUGCAGGUUACAAUGAUUACCCACCUGUAGCUAUAGUUCUGAUGGGAGAUUUCCUAUCUCGUCCGUAUGGCCAAGAGCAUUGCUUACAACUCAAAAGGGCAUUGAAUACUUUGGCUGACAUUAUCAACCAAUUUAGUAGGCUUAAAGAGACCUGUAAAUUCAUCUUUGUACCGGGAAGAUCUGAUCCGUGUUCAGGAAAUAUACUGCCAAGACAGGCACUACCAAACUCUGUCACGCAAGAAAUAAGGGACAAAUUACAAGACAUUGUGAUCUUUACCACAAACCCAUGUCGUAUACAGUACUGCACACAGGAGUUGGUUGUUACUAGACAAGAUUUGAUGAUGAAGAUGUGCCGUAACACAAUCCACUUUCCAGAAUCAGGGGAUGUACCGGAUCAUUUAGUUAAAACUUUGUUCAGUCAAUGCACACUGUGUCCGCUUCCACUAGGAGUGCAGCCUGUAUUGUGGAAGCAUACGGAUGCUCUAAGCUUGUACCCAAUGCCGGACAUGGUUGUGAUAGCUGAUCACUUUCAGCCAUACUCACGAGUGUAUCAGAACUGCCGUAUAAUCAAUCCUGGUUCGUUUCCAAGAACUGAAUUCUCAUUCAAAGUAUAUGUGCCCGCCACUCGGACUGUUGAAGAUUCACAAAUACCUAAAGAAGACAGUUGAUAUACAUUAAAAGUUAAUAAUCUUCAUAUAUAUUUAA